AUGUCUGAACCAGCAGAAGGUGAAACUAAACCAGAAAUCAAAACAGAAACUCAUAUCAAUUUAAAAGUUUCUGAUGGUUCAUCCGAAAUUUUUUUCAAGAUCAAGAGAACCACACCAUUAAGAAGACUUAUGGAAGCAUUUGCUAAAAGACAAGGCAAAGAUGUUGAUUCGUUAAGAUUUUUAUAUGAUGGUGUAAGAAUUCAGCCGGACCAAACUCCAGAAGAUUUAGAUAUGGAAGAUAAUGAUAUCAUUGAAGCUCACAGAGAACAAAUCGGUGGUGCUGCCUUAUGA